AUAAAAACUGAUGAAAACGAAGUUCAAAUCAACUCAACAACAGAUGCAAUAGACAGCGAGGAAAUACAAAUGUCGGAUGAGGAUUUUAGUAAGUUUGCAGACAUAUAUCAAAUAAUGGAUAACAGCAAAAAAUGGGUAUUGAUGACAGGAAAAGUUGUUGAGGAUGAGCUAUACAAGCUUGGCAUGAGAUGUGCUCAGGAGCAAAGUCUCAUUAAUGAAAAGGUCUUUACCAAAUCCAAGCUUGAGGAAAUUCGUAUGCAUAAACAGAAAUUACUUCCGGACAUGCCUCAAGAUAUAUUGUCAUAUCUCGGUAAAUUCAAAGCUUCCAUGAUUCCUGAUCUUAAAGCAUUGAGGGAUUUUGAUUUGGAUUGGAUUAGAAAUACCGUUGAAAACCUCAAUCCAUUCCAAAGAAGCAAACUUGGUAGGAAGGUUGAUAUGCUGGGGUUCUUAUUAAACAUACCAAACAAAAUGGAAGUAAUAUUUGGUGAAGUAUCUUUAGGAUUAGGACCAUUUGGAUUGCCUGUAGCAACCAAGAAGAAGAAAUAUGUUGACAAGAUAAAACUUUUGGUAAUAAUGAGAGAUGCUUUAAAUAAAACUUUAAAAGGAUUGAAUUUUGUAUCUGAUGAGCAAAGGAAGAAAUUGGUUGUUUUUGGUUGGACGCAGAUAGGAUUUGAAAUUAAUCUUUAUGGAAUGACGUGGUAUG